AUGCCACUUUCUGCAAAUAUCACUACGCAAGAGCAGCAAAAAGAUAAGUUCUUUAUGGUUUUGGCAUUGAAAGGUCCUAGAUCUGAUCUAAGCUCUGUAAGGGAUCAAAUCUUGUCGAGUCCCAUAGUUCCUUCCCUUUUAGACGUAUCUGCUCGGUUAUUGUGUAUCUAUUCAGAAACAAUUGAUACUAAUAAAGCUGAGACAUCUGUGUUAGCUGUGCAAAAUGAAGAUCCACGGGGACAAAGUGUCUAUCGGGAGAAAGGUAAAAGCUCUAGACCUUACUGCAACUAUUGCAACAAGCCCAGCCAUACUCGACAAACUUGUUGGAAACUGCAUGGUCGACCAACACGUCCUAAAAAUCACAGUACUGCUCAUGUAGUUCAAACUCGUGAAGAUAUAGAUGGUCAACAAGCCAAUUCUAUUACUUUGUCUGUAGCAGCUUUUAGUGAUUAUUUGCAGUCUUCACCCAUUAGUCCAUGGAUAUUGGAUUCUGGUGCAUCUGACCAUAUCUCUGUAACUCUUGUUAAUGGCUCACAAACUGAAGUAAAAAGAGUAGGGAAAGUGCAGCCUCUUCCCUCUAUUUCUUUAAACUCAGUUUUAUUUGCUCCUGAAUGCCCAUUCAAUUUGGACCGGAGUAUGGGGAAGACGAUUGGAACAAGAUAUGAGUCACAGGGACUAUAUUACUUGUCCAAAUCACAACCUCAUGUUGCCUUCACUUCCGCUGCCUCAGCUGAUCUUCUCCACAACCGAUUAGGUCACCCGAGUCUUGCAAAGCUUCAGAAGUUAAUUCCUAGUCUUUUCACAUUAUCGUCUAUUGAAUGUGAAUCUUGUCAACUUGGGAAACAUACUCGCAUUUCAUUUCCUAAAAGAGUCAAUAAUAGGGCCAUUUCUAUGUUUGACAUUGUUCACUCAGAUAUAUGGGGUCCUAGUCGUGUUGUUUCAAAUUUGAGUCUUCCAAACAACCGUGAAGUCGUUCCUCCUCCCCUUCAAGUAUACUCUCGUCGUACUCGUCUUCCUGCUCUUAUUAAUGAUAAAACUACUCCUGAUCUAUACACGUUAGUAGCUCCUGAUGACUCAUCUCUUACCCCUUCGUCACCUGCUCCAGUCAUGCCUUCAUCAGAUGCAGUAACUCCACCAAUUGCCAUACACAAAGUUACCGGAGGGAAAAUAUACUGUUGGAUAUCGAUGGAUAUACACAGUAAAGGAGGUUCAGAUGGAACAGUUGAACGGCUAAAAGCUCACCUUGUUGCCAAAGGAUAUACCCAAAUUUAUGGCCUUGCCUAUGGUGACACAUUUUCUCUAGUUGCCAAGAUUGCAUCUGUCCGAUUGCUUAUCUACUUAGCAGCAAUACAUCAUUGUCCACUUCAUCAACUAGAUAUUAAGAAUGCUUUCUUAUAUGGCGAGCUUGCUGAGGAAGUUUAUAUGGAGCAACCUCCUGGGAAUAUCUCAGCUAAAACAACAUAUGUUCAGUCAUUUUCAAACCAAGGACUUGGGGAACUAAAGUAUUUCUUGGGAAUCGAGGUAGCACAAUCUAAGACAGGCAUUGCUAUCUCACAAAGAAAAUAUGCUUUAGACAUACUAAAUGAGACAUGUAUGUUAAACUGCAAACCUGUUGACACUCCUAUGGAUCCAAACGUAAAACUCGUCCCUGGACAGGGGGAGCCACUUGAAGAUCCUGGCAAAUAUCGAAGACUGGUUGGUAAACUAAAUUAUUUCACUAUCACGCGACCAGAUAUUUCAUUUGCGGUAAGUGUGGUUAGUCAAUACCUCCAAGCUCCAUGUAAAGAUCAUUGGGACGCAGUUAUUCGCAUCCUAAGAUAUAUCAAAAGAGCUCCAGGGCAAGGACUGUUAUAUGAAGACAAAGGUCACACUGAUAUUAUUGGAUAUUCUGAUGUUGAUUGGGUAGGUUCUCCAUUAGAUAAACGCUCUACUUUUGGAUCUAGUGCAGAGGCAGAAUAUCGAGCUAUGGCCCUUGGUACUUGCAAGCUUAUUUGGUUGAAACAGCUCCUCCAAGAGUUCAAAUGUGUUGAGUUCAAACAGAUGAAGCUUAUAUGUGACAAUCAAGUUGCCCUUCAUAUCGCCUCUAACCCAAUUUUUCAUGAAAGAACGAAACAUAUAGAGGUGGAUUGUCAUUUAUUAGGCAAAAGAUCGAGUCUGGAUGCAUUGUCACUAGCUUUGUCUGUUCAAAUGACCAAUUGGCAGAUGUUCUUACUAAGUCCCUUAGAGGAGCUCGUAUUGAAUACAUUUGCAGCAAGUUUGGAACAUAUGACAUGUAUGCUCCAGCUUGAGGGGGAGUGUUAA